GCGCUUGCUUUUCAACUUUCUGAACGGACCAACUACUACUAUUUCUCUUGCAGAUUACCUUCAGUGACAAAUUGUUAACAACAUCAUGACUAUCAUUCCAGAUGUGUCCCGCCUAGCCUUGGAUGAUCCAGAUCCUGAGAUGCACCAGACAGAAAUUCCAGACGACAUCAACAACACGACCGACCGGUAUAUGCAGAAGCUCGAGCUUUAUGCUAAAUCCAUCCCAUAUGCAAUUGAAUCCAGUGCACAGAUGCAGGACAUGUUGGAUAUUAUUCUACGGCGUAUAACGCAAUGCGUGGAGGCGAAGGACUUUGAACCGGGUCUCGUCCAGUGGGACAGUAUGGUCACCUACUGGAAUAUGCUCAAGUACCCAUUUCCAAAGGAGAAGCGCAUUCGCCUUGCGAAGCUGUAUUUUCAUGUUGCUACGACCCCUGGUAUGCCCACGCAAGUCAUGGCCAUCUGCGCAGACGGCUUGUCAAAUUUGACUCGUUCGAAAAAGAAGCUGAGCAUUGACGAUAUGCGACUUCCCUGGAAGCCUAUCUAUGACAUCCUUCGGAAAGACUUGUUCUUAACUCGACGGCAGUUCGAGUACAGCCAACUCUCGUGGUGUAUGGGAUACAUUGCUGAUAUGUCCAGGAGAUUCUUUCACCCCGCGGCCAUUGAAGAGAUGCUGAGCACUUUCCUGCCAGGGAUCAAUGGGACCAACUUAGACAGCCUUCUUUCGUCACAGUACUAUCUUCUGACAUUCUUACCAUUGACACAUCCACAAUCGUAUCUCCCUAUGUUAUGUCGUUUGUGGGAGUCCGUCAACUCCUACAUGUACGAUGAAAGGAUGUUGCAAUUCCUAUCACGCCUCGCAGAGAUGCACGUGGAUCCAACCAUCAGUGAUCCUGCUCGCAUUUAUGAUAUUCCCGAUGAUGAGAAGUCUGAAGAUGAGGGCAGACCAAAGUGGAAACAGGAUGACUACCAUGCAGGACAGACGUGGUCUGGCCUCUAUAAGGACGUUGGAAUAUUCACUGAGCACGAGUGGCAUUUUAUUAUGUGCAAAUGUCUUGCCUCAAUGGAAAUCCAAUUGAAGGAUGCUGGGUCACUUACCACGGGACCUCAUGCCGACACUUCUUCAAGUUUUGAAAUCGGAAGACUGCCCAAAGCAAACUGGCGUAUCCCAUCUCUCGCCAAACUUAUCGUGUACUCUAUAGCUCCUGAUGGUGCAAAAGCACCUGCUUCUACUGCACCUACGCCGUGGUAUACGCCCGUGCCUUCAGGUGUUAGCACGCCUCAAGUCAGUGGUUCCACCGGCGACUAUCUUACAGUGCCGCUUCAUCAGUGGGAGCCACCGAAGCUGUAUUUGGGUGGUUCUAAAGCUUUGGAUUCGCUUGCACGUCUCAUUGCCUCCACGGAACAUUUCUUCCAUCCCACCAACUCCGGAAGUUGGACAUCCGAUCUCACUGCCUUCGUCAAGUACAUCGUGUAUGAGUUCAACAAACGCUGGCACGAAGAGCAACUGCCCGACUGCAAAACGCCUAUGACUCGACGGCUCACGCAAGAGAUGAAAAGAGAGCUAGUUAAAUGCCUCCGGACUGUUGUGUUACUUGCCAUCUUCUCCCAAGAUAACUCCACUGUUUCAAAUGUUCAGAGCGCUCUGAAAUCCAUGUCAUGUAUGGAGCCCGACCUAGUGUUCCAGCCAAUCCUGGAACGAGCUAUCCCUUCACUGGAGGCUCUUGUUGAGACGCAGCGUACCCUAUCCGUGAUCAAGGCUCUGAGCUCGAUUGUUCCCGCAAUCGUAUCUCGAGACAUCUAUUAUCCAGGUGCUAAGCAUUUGAUCACCAUCCUGCAAUUGCUCAUACCUGGUAUUGAUCUUAAUGACCCAACUAAAACGCUUUGCACGACGGCAUUCCUUUCGGAAGUAUCACAGUACAUCAUGUUUGGAGACGUGACAUCCUCCGACGGCUCAGAGGCUUCUGGCGUGGAAAUCACUCCAGAUGAUAGCCCGGAGGACGCUAUGGAAUUAAAAUUGCCCAACGAAGUGGAGGACGCGCUUCUCAAAGAUAGCACUGCCAGCUUUGCGAGCUGGGUAGCCAGCUUCAUACGUCGCGUUAUCCAGCUACUUGAGAACCUCCCGGAAGAAGGAGUGAAUGGGUCAGCCGGAGGGACCACGGAAGUACAAGUGGUGGACGCCGUGACUGGUGCAUGCAGUCAAAUCUGCGUUCACUUAUCCAAUUCACUUUUCGACCUCGUGCUCAACAUGAUUUUCGAUUACGCAAGCACAAAUGUUCGUUCUAAUGCUGUCCGUGCGAUACAUCAGUUAGUAGAAUGUGUUGCGAACGCCCACCCCGCAAAGACUCUGGCCAAGUUCUUACCCUUCUGUGCGGCAAACAUCCGUACAGAGAUAGAACAUGGCGCUAGCUCAGUGAGGACAACAUCGUCGUCAUUGCCGCUUCCGUCAGAUGCAACUCUGCACUGGAAUCUCGCCAUUCUUCGUGGUUGUGUCUAUAACGAUGGCUCAGCACUUCUCAAGUACAAGGGCGAACUCUUGUCAUUGCUAACUCUGCUACGCGACAAAACUUUCUCGAAACGGGGAUACACUUGGAGCGGAAAGCUACUCUCCAGCGCAUUGAUCACACUCACUCAUACCUACCCAAUCGACAACAAGUUCGUCAACCCCGAACAAUGGAACGAUGAAGAUUUUCAGAGAAACCAUCAUUUAUACUGGGGCAAGUUAUUUGAGCCCCAUGAGGUCAAGAUCACAUGGCAUGUCCCAAGUGCCGAAGAGAUUGACUUCGCGCUCCAACUUUUCCGCGAGUUGGUCGAACCUGCAAUGACUCGCCUUGACUUGUUGCUUGAAACUUCGUCCCGAGAUGCCAUUUGGAGGAAUGACUUUUGUCGUUAUCUUAGUUUUGUCCAAGAAGCGUUCACCGGAAUUCCAACACUUUUUAAAGAAACUAUAUCACCAGACGUGAUGCAAUCCAUGCUCACCACAAGUGACAUUAUUAAUGAAAUCCCUGAAAUGAUUGCAUCGGUCCAGCCUCUGGCUUCCGGGUUUUGCCUCACAGACCCGCAAGAUACACGGUAUAAGUACAUUACUGGACUUCGGCGUCGAUUCGGAGAGUUUUUGCACGCUGCGUCCCUAUCGCUGCAACAACAAGGCGAGGAGAACACAGUUGAUGCAGUACAGAUGCUUAUCGGUUCAAUCCGCACCUAUUUGCUCGAGUAUGGUGACAGCAAGGACAGCUACAGUGUAAACUACGAUCAGUACAACUCAGAGAUCAAUGUCGCUCGUCAAUAUUCAGGGCAGAAGGUUUGGCCGCGCGCAGUGUUGGUCCGAAGAGCUCGAUUCUAUCAUUCCUCUCGGCUAUACUGGAACUCCAUCGAGCGAGCUAGAGGUCCGCUUGAGAACUCCUUAUUGGACGAUGUCGUUGAAUGGUCUAUGUGGCAUUAUCCGUCAGUGCGGCAAUCAAGCCAGUCUUUGCUUGAAUCUCUAACUUCAGUGUACGAUGGUCUUCGUCUUCGAGUUCUUCCGGCACUAUACAAAGCCUUACAGCCUGGUACUGACGACGAUCGCAUGAAAGGAGCACUGUGGACAUUGAAUAUAGCAUCCUUUGGGCGAUUUGCAAUAUCUGAACCAACGUUAGUGUCGGAGAUGAUUCAGCAGCUCCUUGGGUGCCACCAUAAUGAGAAGCCUUCUAUCCAAAAUUGUGUGUCCGCGGUAACUGAUACAUGUCUAGGAAGCUUUUCGGAGCCUUGCUACCUCAUUUAUGACAUUGAGAAUACUGCCCUUAAUGAAGCCCUACUUGCUCUGAAAAGGUGCUUGUCGUUUAACAAGACAGAAGAUUCCAUCACUCUCCGGGCCCGGGAGAAGCGCAUCGAACGUGUGCGUUUGAUGAAUGAAGAAUAUGGUCGAACGACUCGAGCGGUUCUUGAAGUUGCCAAUGACACCACAACACAUUGGCGCUAUGCGAUAGUGGCAGUCAGGAUCCUCCGCACUUUGCUGCGUCGAGAUGCACCAACUUCGCCUGCUCAUCUUCGUAUUUUCUUAGAGCAAGCAUGUGAUAGCAAUCCUACCAUGCGCUACUAUGCACAAAGAGGUAUCAUGAAAGCACUCAGGUACAUCAAGCUUCGAUCAUACUGUCGAGAUCCAGCAGCUUUAGCUCUUUUCUCCCCAAUCAACCCACUCCGAUGCAACAUUCCCAUCAAAGGGUCAUACUCGCCAACCGCUGAGAUACUCGCCAACUUCAGGUCGCAGGUCCCCAUUAGAUCUUCGGAGACUCUUGAUCUCAAUAGUAUAUAUUGCGAUACACUACUUCAAGGCUGGCUCGCCUGGAGUGGAACGCUUACAACACACAAACCACCUCAUGGGUUGAAAAGCACCUUCGAAUGGGAGUCGUCAAGCGCAGAAGCUGUAUCUUGCCUACGUGAAGUAACAGUGAAUGCAGACUUCUGGCAGAAUCUUUCUGGGCACUUUGCCGAAGAAAACCACGAGACUGUUGUGGUACAAGACCAUAUAUCAUGUGUUAAAUCAAUAUUCCAAGUAUUGGGUGACAAACCCUGGGACCUGUUGAAGCCCGAACUAGAGAUAUUACUAGCCGAUCAGGAGAAGAACAAGCAAAGGGCUGCGGCAGAACUAUUGGCUGGUGUUCUGAAUGGUUCCAAACAUUGGCCACAAGAGGCCCAAGAUCGAAUCUGGCAAUGGUUCACGCCUUACAUCAAGAAGACGCUAGGUCAGAGCAUGACGACAGAAACUGUGCCCAUCUGGACUUCGUUUGUCGAGUACAUGUUCUACCAUAAAGACCCUCGGCGACUCCAACCACUUGUUGAGCACAUUGUUGAGCAGUUCAACAGCAUGGACUACAAUGGACCAUCAUCUCUGGAAUCUAUCAAAGUCCUGGCAUUAUUUCGGGCUUUUUACACUGAAUUAGAGUGGAAAUUCACACCUUGGUCGGACAGCACCUUGGAACGGUUUUGGCGCGAGGUUCACAGUGAACACGACGAUGUAAGGUCCCAUGUCGCUGAGUUGAUGGCAUUCUGCAAUGGUAUCAAGUGGCAACCCAAACCCUCGUCUCUUGAUGUCGAAUCUUUCGUACGGGAAUGCCGAGAACUGACUGAUGAUGUCGACAUAAUGGGUAUAUCUGGUACCUAUCACACGAGCAGAGUUCUCGAGCUUGUGGAGAACUUCAAAAUUUGGAGAGAACAGCGGCUACCAGGUGUGAUAGCCCACCAGUCAACCUACGACAGAGUUGGGAUCGUCGUUUGCCGAUGGCUGUUCCAGUCAGUCCACAGUACUGAUGCCAUAUCUGCAUUCGACUAUAUUUUGCCUCUUAUGCCUGAAUUGUUCCGUUUCACUGAAGUGCAUGAUAAUGAGGAGCUAGCACGGCGUGCUAACGUACUCCUUGUUCGCAUGUGUGGUGUUGUUCCUCCGCAAUCAAUGAUCGGCCCUUUAUUGAGCACUAUAUUCUCCGCCAUCCAGAAGUCACCUUCGUGGAAGGUUCGCUUGAAGGCCCUGCCCAUUCUCCAGGUUCUGUACUUCCGACAACUUCCUCUCAUCAGUGAAAGCGAAGUCAACGGCAUUCUAGAUAUAUUAUGUCAAUGUUUGGAUGACGAAGUCGUGGAAGUGCGAGAGAUGGUUGGAACCACCUUGUCUGGUAUACUUCGACUAUCUCCGAGGCGCAGCGUUGUGUCUUUGAAGGAUCGAUUUGUCAAAUUGGCAGGAAAAAUUCAGCUCCCUGAUCGCGAUUCGCCUGUUUACAAUAUUGCUAUCCGUCAGCGGCACGCCGCUAUCAUCGGCAUAUGUGCCCUCAUCGACAGUUUCCCGUACACUAUCGAGAAAUGGAUGCCAGGGCUCUUGACGACAGUGAUGCUAGAGCAUGCACACGAUCCUAUUCCAAUCUCGACAACUAUACACAGGUGCGCAAGCAAUUUUAGGAAGACGCAUCAAGACACUUGGCACGAAGACUCGCGGCGCUUUACCGAUGAUCAGCUGGCAGCUCUGUCAACGUUACUGACCGGAUCAUCGUAUUAUGCUUGAUUUUUGAAAUUUGAAGGUUUCGGAUCUAUCACUGCAGAUCAUGACAAAGCAAAUCUCAUUGAUGUUGAAUAUUUAC